CCACUACAAUAUCAUACGGUUUGUUUGUUCCAUCCAACUGAAUCCAGAUAGACACAUUUUCCUCUUUUUCUUUUCUCUUCUUUCCUUUCCCCCGAGAAAAUCCACCCAGCCAUUUUCCCGAGAAAAUCACCAACACAGCACAAGAACAACAACAAUCAAUCGAUGAUCUACUUACCGUGAUUCCACUCGAGGACGAAGACGAUGAUGAGGUCGACCCCUCAUGGAACAAAAUCUAAAUCUCACAUUGCUCACAACUUCCACUGAUCCAGAUGAUGUUCGACUGAUUGAGUGGGAAGAUUUUGAGCAUGAUCUUGCUAGGUUAUCGAGUCUCUCUUCUGCUCUCAAUCAAGCUAAGGAGAAGAAACGAAACCUUCAGCAUAAACUCGAGUCUCUCAUCCAGGCUGGCCAAGGAGGCUGCUGGGAAGCAAGAGGAGCAGCUUAGUGGUGCUCUGCAGUCACUUUUGGUGGCGGGUGGUACUCUCUCUGUAACUAGCAGAAACCUUCAGGAAUCAAGUAGAUUAAUGUCUGAAGAAAAUGGCUAUGUUCGUCUGAGAAACUUGCAAAAGAUGCUAAGGAUGAGGCAACAAUACAUGGCAUCUCAAAUUUCAAUGCUGUAUCCUGUAAAGUUGUUGGUUGAACCAGCACAAGAGCAAGAGCUUGAAGCAUAUCCUUUAGGUAGCCCAGCAGGCACUCCUCCUGAACUUAAACCAGUUAAUCAGGGAUCUUUGACGAUUCAGGGUCUGCACUUAAGCAUGCUAUCAUUUAGAAAGAUGAGUUUUUUCACAGAUAAAAAGGAAAUUCAGAAAUCUGCUACAGCCUUAGGAUAUGUUGCACAUGCUGUUUCACUUGUAGCCUCAUACUUGCAAGUUCCUCUACGUUAUCCCGUACGGUUGGGUGCUUCUCAUUCAUAUAUUAUUGACAACGCACCCUCGAUAGAGCUAACUUCUUCUGAAGCUUCAACAAGCACAAAAGUUUUCACAAAUGCCAAGCAUGUAGAAUUCCCCCUAUUUUUAGAAGGCCAAGACACAACAAGAGCAGCUUAUGCUGUAUUCUUACUAAGCAAGGAUUUAGAGCAGCUUUUGAAUUUCAUUGGUGCCAAGAGUUUGGGACCACGCCAUGUAUUGGCCAAUUUGAGGGAACUUUUUAGAACUAUCCAGUCUACAGCUUUUAUAGAUAACUUAAUUUAGUAUUUGUAUCUGAACUUUGACGUUCUUGUAAAUUGAUUUUUGUUAAUUCUUACACGAGUGCAAUUUUUUUGGUGCACCGUUCAAUGUAGCAUUGUUGUCAAAAUUGAGUCAAACUUUCUACAAUGGAUUUGAUAUUCUUUUCGAAAGUAUACACAGCUGUUGAUUAGUAGUA